UGCUAAGCGAGAUUCUUGAAUAAAUAAUACACAGGAUAUGUCAUUGAAAAUGACGACCGUUCUUCCCCAAACAGAUGGGCCGCGGUUGUCGGCUAGUUAUUUAGUUACUAUUUAUGCUUUGAAGUCUUGGGACAACCGAAGCGCUGUGAUUCGUGGCUUUUCGGCCAGGUUAGUUAUGCCGGCAUUGGAACCAGGCCAAGCUGUUUUUCCAGCAUCAGUUUUGUGGGCACAGCAUUCAACUGUCACCCGCAAAUGGUCACUCGGGCACAAAGGACAGCAGUCAGCCUGAAGAAACCUUUAUUGGGAAAACAAUCGCUGCUAGCGAUAGAUGUCUUGAUAAAUUCCUCCGGACUGGUCCGCUUGAGGCGUCAUAAUCAGUGGUCGGCUCUCGGCAAUCGGGGCAUGAAAGGGAAAACCAGUUUUUGGCUCCGUGGCAAAGCACUAUCUUGCCUCCAAUUCGUUGGCAUAUCACCGAAAAUGGUGAUUUCAAUCUGCUCUGGCGAGGAAAGGAUGGCAAAUUCAGAGCACACCUGAAAUCGCCGGAGCGUGGAGAACGCCGAUACGAGAGAAAAUAAUCAACCGGGAAUGAUACAACUGCCUAAUACGAGGAAAGCUGGUUGCUGGUCUGGAAAGUCGAGAAAAUCCCUCUCCUAGCCGCUAUUGAAUCUUUUCGUCCGGUGAAUUGGCGGGAUUGAAUCUACCCUACCGCUAUCUCGGCUAGGCCACUCUCUAACAUUCCCGAGUGGAGAAUCCGCCAGCCGAAUGCCAUGUUUUUUAUCCUGGCUCGUCUUUCCUUUUAAGUGUCUUGAUUCUUUUUGUCCGAACUCAUGACGGUGUCGAAUACUAACAGAGACCUAAGCCUCUCAUCAUCUGUGAAUUUUUUUAUCCCAUCAUCGUGAUAUGAGGAUGGUUGGGAUGUUACCAUCAAUUAUACCUGGUUAUACUACUCCCAAUCGCAUUUCUGAUUCUUACGGUCCGUCGCAUGGAUGCAUCGCCGCACAAAUCUCAAAUUCUUGCCUCUUUGUAUGAGAUAUUGCGGCGUGGAAAGGGCAAAAGCUUGCCCUCUCAUCUAUGACUCCACCGAGCGCCGCUGCUGUAUCUUUGUCAAUAUCAGUCCAGUCAUACAUCGGAGCACUCACAUUCUUCUACCCCUAUUCUAUUUUGGCCUGUUCAUCCCCGCGCUUUGAGUCUGAAUUCCGCCAACCCAUCGGAAGGGGAACGAAUCAAUGGCUUUUUCCGAAUCUGACGGAGAAGUGAAUCGCUUGCCAGCCCGGGAAUACGAAACGCCAGUGACAGAGAAAUAUCACGGAACAGCGGAUCGGCGGGAUGUCAUUGGCGAGCAGGGUCUACCAAGGACAGACGAUAUCAGGGGAGACGCCAAGUCAUCAAGGUCCAGAUCUUGCUCUCGAGCAGAAGAUGGAGGUGGCAAUCUCGCAACGAGACAAGGGACCAAUUCAUACUCUGCUGCCGUGGUAGUUCCCAGGAAUAAGCGUCGAGGCCUAUUAGGACGUCUCGCGCUGCUUCCUGAAGUUGAGGAUCCUCAAAAGUAUCCUCGUAAAACAAAAUGGUUGAUCACGUUAAUAAUUGCAAUUGCAGCUGUGGCUGCACCUCUCGGCAGCGCGAUAUUCUACCCUGCCCUUGGGGAGGUUGCGUCUUCCCUUAACACAACCCCCACAGUUACCAACCUUUCCAUUGCACUGUAUAUGUUGAGCAUGGGCAUAUGCCCGCUAUGGUGGUCCACAUUCAGCGAAACCUUCGGUCGCCGUUCGAUAUAUAUCAUAUCAUUCUCACUUUUCAACGUAUUCAAUAUCCUAUCGGGCGUCGCAACCUCCAUAGAAAUGCUUAUUGUUCUACGGUUAUUUAGUGGAGGAGCAGCAGCUUCGGUUCAGGCGAUUGGGGCGGGGACAAUUGCAGAUAUUUGGGAAUCACGAGAAAGAGGCAGAGCAAUGGGGACAUUCUUCCUUGGACCGUUGUGUGGCCCUCUGCUGGCUCCGAUUAUUGGAGGCGCAAUGUCACAGGCUUGGGGCUGGAGAAGCACGCAAUGGUUUUUGACCAUUUACGGAGGCGUAUCACUACUGAUUCUCACUUUCGGGCUCCCAGAAACAUUAGUUUCACGGAAAAACCUGGUCGCAGAGGUAGAACCAAACGCUGAACUAAGCCGCACUCUCAGUCGAGUGUCGUCUCGCCAGGUUGCGCAGAACACCGCCAAGUGGUUGAAGAUUUUGAGAAUGAUUUUCGUCGAUCCGCUUCAGAUAUUGCUUUACCUACGCUUCCCGGCUGUGUUGUUGACUGUGCUCUAUAGCAGCAUCACCUUCGGGUCAUUAUAUGUGCUGAACAUAAGUAUACAAACUACUUUCAGCCAACCUCCGUAUAACUUCCCUGUACUUCUCAUAGGAUUGCUAUAUAUCCCUCAUUCGAUAGGUUAUAUAAUUUCUAGCAUUCUCGGUGGCAUGUGGAUGGACUCCAUAAUGCAACGCGAGGCAAGGAAGGCAAACAGAGUUGACGAGAGUGGGAUGUACAUCUACCGUCCCGAGGACAGAAUGGGAGAAAAUGCUUGGCUCGGGGCGUUCAUUUAUCCUGCAGCAAUGAUCUGGUAUGGAUGGACCGCGGAAAAACAUUUAUUUUGGGCGAUACCAAUAAUAGCCAAUUUCUUCUUCGGUGUCGGCUCGAUGAUUAUAUUCAGCAUGUCAACAACGAUGUUGACUGAAUUCAUGCCCCAGCGUUCAUCAUCUGGUGUUGCAGUGAACAACUUCAUGCGUAAUAUCUUCUCAUGUGUCGGAGGUGUCGUUGCCGCUCCUAUAAUUCACGCCAUUGGGAACGGUUGGCUAUUUACGAUCCUGGCCCUCGUUGCAUUUGCUGCCGGCUCAGUGAUUUGGGCGAUGAGACGGUUUGGACCGCGGUGGCGGCUCUCUAUGGAAGCCAGAGUGAACUGAGCCGAUGGGAUGAGAUGGUUCUACUUAUAGAUGAUGGGAGGAAUUUCAUAGAUCAGGAGAACAAAACAUGCACACUUCGUUUCGUUGUUUUGUUUUAGUACAAUUAAUGUGUGUCAGUGAAAUUGCACUGCUGCGAUAUGUAACAAUUUGAUUCCCAGGUGCAAUGGACUACCGCUAACCACUUCUCCCUUUGGCGCAUUAUUGUUUGGGCUUUUUCCACAUAAGAGAGAAUUUAAGGAGAUAAUUACCGCUUGUCUCUUACCAAUAUACUUCGUCCUUCUCUUUUCAAUUGCGGGAAUUCCGUUUGAAAACUCUCAGGGUCUUAAUGUUCCUGCGCAGCCCGAGAAUGGAUAUAGGAACCGGGAAUGUGGCAUAGAACCAAGCACGAAAAUAGAAGGCAUAGGUGAGCCACGACGUAGCGGAAAGAUAUUUACAGAGGAUAAAAGCCAAAUGUGGCUCACUCUCUCUGAUAUUAACUCUCUUAUUUAUCAGCUCCUAUAUCGGCUCAAAUAAACCUGAAAAAUUAAACUUCUUGUCCGGUUAACAAAAGGCAAUCUAAUAAAGUACCCAUAAAUAUUGCCGCCAGGUACUAAGAUACUUUCAAUCUGGGCUGGUGAUGUGUGAGGUUGAUUUAGAGCUCGAUAUUUUGCCUGGCUGGGUGUUAGAUUCGGGUUAUGUUAUCCUGAUGGCGCUGGUCUAGUUAUUUAUCUAUUCAAUACAGGGGUGAUCAGCAAAGGUUGUUUGCUCCAAGUAAGCAAAAUUAGAGGUUUAAUCUAAAUAAUAUUAGCUAUCUUAUAUCUUCA